CGUGAGUUGGCAUGAGUUGGUAGAGUGGUCCAUCCAGACAAGUGUGGUAGACAGUGAGUUGGUGGAAUAAUAGCAGAUAAUGAUGACAGACAACUUUAGCAGAUAAUGAUGGCAGACAACUUUAGCAGAUAAUGAUGGCAGACAACUUUAGAUAUUCUGUUGCAUAGUUUUAUCCUUUAAUGUGUAACUCAAUGUGUAUAUAUACUCCAUUCUUGGAGAAGAAAAAAAACAUCUGAAAAUUCCCAAACAUUCUCGUUCUUUCUGACUUGGUAUCAGAGCAGAGAUCCAAUUUGGACUCUGUUCCGCUGUGUUUUCUUUUGCCUUUUUUUGGGAUCUUUUGAUUAAUAUAUAUUGAGUUCUUUUGGGUUCUUUUGAUUAAGACCAGACACAUUAGCCAUCACCAGACACACUAGCCAAUUCCUUUCUUCCACUUGUUCUUUUGGUCAAUUAAUCGGUUUUAGAUCAUACCUCUUGCUCCUACCAAGCUCGACUGGCUCCGUCCAGCUCCGCCUCAGCGCAGCAGCAUCUUCGCCUCAGCUCCACCGCAGCACCUCAAUUGCAGCCUGACCACCGCAGCACCGCAACUGCAGCUCGACUAUCUUUGCCUCUCUCUAGACCAGCUCAGCUCCACCUCACCCUCGGCCCUCCCUUCCGCACCUGCGCGGCCAGCACCCCGCCUCCACUAGCGCAGCGCCCCCGCGCCCACACGCCCCCGCGCCGCGAGCACUCGACUCGCCUCCCUUUUUUAGCACUCUUUGUCUUUCUUUUCUUUUCUUAUUGUUUCAACCCACACCCUUUUCUCUACUUUUUAUACUACUUUUUCUCCAUUCCCAUUUCUCUUUCUCUCUGUCGGCCCACUACCUCCCUUUCUCUAUUCUCUUUUUGACUUUUUCUCUAUUCCUUCUCUCUAUUAUGUUCCUUGUCGAUCAGUAGCACUUCACUCCAAUUCCCUAGUUUCAACCCACAUGCUUCUGCCCACCUUUUCUUUUAAAUCUACCCAUAUUCACCUUUAUUAAUCUUCCCGUUUUUACCCAACAGUUUACACUCUCUUCUUAUUCAAUAGCCUUUCUUUAUUAAAGAGAGAAGAAGGCACGUGAAAAAAAAAAAAAAGUUUGGUUCCUUUGUAUUUAUAGUUUGUUACUUUGUUUGACGGGGUGUUUUAAAAGGAAGUAAGAUGGUGGAUUUGACCAUAAGAGACUCUCAGGCUGAAGGAGCUACAUCUGUGGCUCGUGAAGUUGUGAUUGUUCAAAAUGUAACAGAUAACUCAAGCUUUGGUGUCAAGCUUGAUGGCACAAAUUAUCAGUUAUGGCAAAGGCUUAUGAAGAUCCAUAUUCAAGGGAUUGGAAAGUGGAGUUAUGUUAUUGGUAGCACUGCCAGACCUGCUGCAGGACCAAAAGCUGAUGAAUGGGACACGGCAAAUACUAACGUGAUGGGAAUUCUUCUAAAAGCAAUGACUCCAGAGGUAAUGCAGUUAUUUGCUAAUUUUGAUUCUCCUAGAGCAAUUUGGGACUCUGUUGCUGCUACUUAUUAUGAUGGAAGUGACUUUGCUCGUGUUCAUGAAUUAAAUGUCAAAGCUUUCAAAAUAACUCAAAGUGGACAGCCUGUUGCAACAUUUUAUGCAAAUUUGAAGACAAUCUGGCAGGAGCUUGAUCAGAGAAAUCCUAAUCCUAUGACUUGUGAAGCAGACAUCACUUCCUACAGGAGUGAGCAAGAUAAGAUGCGUGUUCAUGUCUUUCUUGCUGGUCUAGAUCCUCAUUUGGAAGGGGCAAAGAAUGAGUUAUUGCGUCUUGCAACUCCUCCAACGUUGGAGCAAGCCUUUGCCUAUAUUCGAAAAGAUGAAGCCAACAAAGUUGCUGCAAAGGGUCUUCAUACUGAAAUUUCAGUUUUAGCAGUCCAGGCUAGAUCACCUGAACCUUUAUCUUUGUUUCCUCAGUAUGGGAAUUCAUCUCAUGUUCCAUCUCCAAGUCACUAUCGACCUCGGAGUCAGGGGUACCAACAGAAUCAGAAUUAUAGCCGAGGGAUGGCUCCGGUCAAUAACCAAAUGACUUGCAACUAUUGUAAGGAAGUUGGUCAUUUCAAGAAUCAAUGUCCUAAGCUGCGAAGGUUUAAUUCUAACCAUUCAGGCUGGAGAGGAGGAAGUAAUACUGGAGGAAGUAGAGGUCAGAGAGGCAAAGCAGCAGUCCAACUGGUGCCAGAACCUGAUUUCUAUGGUGUUGAAGGGCAAGACCUCUCUAAGGGUACUGUUUCCUUGACUAAGGAAACUCGAGGAUCUAUGCAAUCGGGUGAUCAUGGGCAAGGGAGACCUGAGGAGGAGACUGUUUCAUUUGGAUUGCAUGUACGCAGGACAAACAAAAAAAAAAGAACAACCUUUAGCCCUGACAUCGAGUUCUGAUCGACUGAGUGAGUUAUGGUUGUGGC